AUGGCUCCCGCUGAACCCCGCCCGAUUCCCUUCAAGGCGAAGGGCAAGACGCCUCAGUUUGAGGAGGAGAGGAGGGCUGGAGGGGAUACAUUGAACUCGCACAUCGCGUCCUCGGCGCACCGCAUCAACCUGUACAGCAGUAGCAAGUCUAGACCGGAGACGGCGGCCAGGCUGACGAAGCUUGAGGAGAACGGGAUCCCGAUUGUGCCGAUUACGCAGCCCGCCGAGAUUGACUUUGAGUCGGAUGAGGAGUGUGAGAGGAACUUGGCGGCGCAGGAGGGCGGGAUUCGACGGAGUGAAGGGGAAUGUAUUGAACAUGGUAGACGGCUGUAG